AUGCUUCUAGCUGACCCCAAUAAAUACAUCUUUCUAGUUGCUUUCACUGGGGGUCCAUACCUCACCCAACACAGCACAUAUAGCGACAGAUAUAAACAUGUUCAGACAUGGCUCAACAAAGUCGAGUUUGAGAACAAAGGAAAGAUUGCCAUUCACCCUGUCAUUGCCAAAAAACCGACACCCCAAGCUUUCGGUGACUCCAGUGGUUACAUCUUGGAAGGCGCCUCCCCCAAUUUCAUGAAGUGGAUAUUGGACCAACAGGUUCAUUCCCUAGUGGCAGCUGGAGCCUCCCUCUUUGCCUACCCCAUUAACCCCGAUAAUUGUUCAUGGGUCGUCCUGACACUCCAAGCUGGAGCAAACUGCCAAAUCAUCGACGACGAAGACUUCAAGCAUGCAACGUUGGGCAGUGUAUUAAAGAUGAUUUAUGAGAACAAAGGAAUGCUCAAUUGGGCCAAAAAGUUCCUACAGGCAAGACCACACGACCCUCUAUACACGAACGUCUCUCCAGUCCAACUUCUUGUCCAGUUGACAAGAGCGUACCAGAUCACCGAUCUUGAGAGCCGUAAACCCAAGAAGGAGGUUGAGCCUCGGCUACAGAUCCAUGGUAGGCCAGUUUCCGACAAAUUGGCUGAGCUAUCCGACUUCACCCAUAUUGUUCGCAACCUUUCUUUCCAUGUCAGCUUCAAGAAACUAGAAGUCGACAAACGUGUCAUCCGUUGCCUCUGGUGUAAACAGAGUAUUCAUACCCACUUCAAAUGCCUGUAUGCCGUCUCUGAGUGA